AUGGCAUCAAGGAAGAAGGUCCUCCUCAAGGUCAUUAUCCUCGGAGACAGCGGGGUCGGCAAGACGAGCUUGAUGAACCAAUAUGUCAACAAGAAGUUCAGCGCAAGCUACAAAGCCACGAUUGGUGCCGAUUUCCUGACCAAGGAAGUGCUGGUCGACGACAGGCUGGUUACCAUGCAGCUCUGGGACACUGCCGGUCAAGAGCGCUUCCAAUCGCUCGGUGUUGCCUUCUACCGCGGUGCCGACUGCUGCGUGCUCGUAUACGACGUGAACAACUCGAAGAGUUUCGAUACCCUGGAUAGCUGGAGGGACGAGUUCUUGGUUCAGGCCAGCCCGAUGGAUCCUGAGAGCUUCCCAUUUGUUGUCAUUGGCAACAAAAUCGAUGUGGAGGAGAGCAAAAGGAUGAUCUCGUCCAAGCGCGCCAUGACAUUUUGCCAAUCGAAGGGUGGUAUCCCGUACUUCGAGACCAGUGCUAAGGAGGCCAUCAACGUCGAGCAAGCUUUCGAAGUUAUCGCACGACAAGCUCUAGCACAGGAGGACGUGGGUGACUUCAGCAACGACUUCCCCGAGACAAUCCCGAUCGACCUCAAGGGCAGCGAAGGCGGUUGCGCAUGCUAG